AAUUAUAUUCCCAACUAUACACUGGAGUACAUACGUGUGGAUUUAUUAUUAAAUAUAAACAGUAAUUAUUUUUAAACAAUUUUUAGUUUUGCAAAUCCUUAAAAGUUUUCCAAAUUAUUUAAACAGUGUUCAGUAAAUGUUAAUAAAUUUAUGGAAAUUCAAAUUUAACAGAUAAUUUUAACGUACGUGUUUCAACAGGUUGUUACCACCAAUGGAGAAACCGGGAUCUUCAAUAGGUCCGGAAAGUGGCGCUGAACUUGAAGAUAGAGAUCCUAAUAAUUUAAAUCAUCAUCUACAGGUACAGUGGGAUGAUGUUGUGGGUGAACCAGACGGUAUCAGAAGUCCAGAAUGUGCAUGGAGACUAAGCGGCCAUUGUUUCCGUCUCUCUCGAGGAUGCUGCUAUAUCUUCCUUUCAGUUCUCAUAGCUCCUAUUCUUGGACUAUUAUUAGGAUUUACAUUCGCUUGUUUAUCAUUUCAACAUAUCUGGUGUAUUGCACCCUGUUUAAGAAUCUGGAAAAUAACAUGUGCAGCAACCCGAACAUUUUUUACUGCAUACACACAUGCUAUUAUUCGACCAUGCACUGAAUCACUUGGUUAUUUUUUUCAUAAUUUUCGUAUAUUUAAUCAGCGAUUACCCGACGGUCCUCAUCACAAAGAAGAUGCAUUGAUAGUUUAAAUAUGUAUAUGUUUAUAAAUAUUAUAUAUGUGAGAGUGUGGUGUUAACAAUAAGAAUAGACAAUCAAAUUAUCUGUCCAUGGUGAAGACCGAACUUUAAUCGAGUGGUAUUUUUAAACAUGGGGAAUAGAGGAACCGUUUUUGGCCACUUAGGGCCCGUUUUUGAUACUUUAAAAAUUUGAAUAAAAUAUGUGAAAUACGCAAUGACAUAAUUAAUUUCUGAAAUGUAUUCAAAGAUACUUUUAUCCCUCUAUUGCAAUGGAAAUUUUAUUUUGUACUUUUUAAUUAAUUAAAAUGAAAUAUUAGAUGUUCAAAAAUGGAUACUGAAGUACUACAGUGGCCACAAAUGAUACUUCUACCCUAUGCGCUGUAAACAAAUCGGAAGUGAAUUCAGAGUGAAUGUGGAUUUUAUUUUCAUUUAAAUUCACUCCGUCACUCAGCUCUGGAGUUUUAGAAAAAUCACUCAGUAUAAGUUCUUUUUAGGACACAGUAAAACAAAAUUGUGUAUCUAUGUUAAAAACGGUCCGUGUUAAAUUUUUUGUAUUGAUUAUUUUGUGUCAAAUCAACAAAAUUCUCUGUGUUACUUUAAAAUUUUUAAUCGAUCUACUAUUCAACACUUUAAAAGUGUUACCUAGUACAAAAAUCAAUAUUAUCAACAUUUAUUAAGUGUUACUUUAAAAUCAACACAGAAAAAGUGUUGAAGCGACAGUUGAAUUGUGUUAAAAAAAUGUCUUUCUUCUAUUCAGGCGGGAAGAGCCAUUAAACAUCAGUUUUGCUUGGUUAGUUAUUAUUUUUGUGACAUUGAUUUUAUUUAUUUUCAAUUAGACGUGAAAAAAUAAAGUUGACCAAGUUCAUGAUUCGAAUAGUUAAAAAAAAAAAAAAAAUAUUAAAAAAAUUGCAUCUGUGGCUUUUUUACUUUUCUACGUGCGCACAUUUUUAUUUUUUAUUUUUUUUUCGUAAUUGAUUUGUUGAU